AUUAUUAUUAUUAUUAUUAUUAUUAUUCAUGCACGUUUGUUAAUUAUCUUGCUAGUGCAGCGUGUAGAUUACACAUGUACAGCGUUGGGAUAAAGCCACUCGAAAGAGGCGGAAAGAGGGAGGGAGAAACAUGUUUUAGAUUUUUCAGUAUCUGGAACUUUAAAAAACCCGGGGGGACGGAUCAAUGUCUUUAGUAGAACAACUUACGGUAAGGUAAGUAGGAAGGAGUUGGUUUUUUUUUUCGAAAAAAAAAAAAACAUUACAAUAGGUACUAUUAGCAUUAUUUUAAAAAGUGCCGCAGAGGGGAACCGCGCUAGCUACUAUGUUUCAGCGAGCACAUAGAAAUCAGAAGGGGGGGAGAGAUUCAAAAAUAAGGAAAAUCGAAGAGGAAAAACGUAGGUUAUACAUAAAACUACUGAAUCGCGGGAGAUUUUCAGGCGAUUAUUGAAUAGACCAGGGCAAGAUAUAUAUUUAGGGAAUAAAAGAAAAGAAAAGAAAAGUAGAAAAUAGAAAUAGUAGAUAGGUAAACCAUCAUACUCGUUACAGUCAUCAUUCAAAGUACGUUAAAAAGUAGAUUCGUAGUCCGCUAACAUGGUGAGAUGUUGGACGGAUGAUAAGAAUCCGAAGGAAAGAAGUGUGGAGGCAAUAAAUGCUCCAGCUUGGAAAAUGAGAAAAUUAAGAUCAGACAAAGUGAAAGAGGAACAGAGAAAAAGAGAAAAAAGUACACGAAAAAGUAGAAUGAGAAAAAAGAAAAAAGAAAAAGAAAAAGAAAAGAAACGAAUUAGACAAGUCGAAAAGAAGAGAAAGCUGAAAUAGAAGUAGAGGAGAUUGAAAUAGAAGAAGAAAUUUUGGGCUCGUAGACCAACGGUGUUCUACAACAUAACGGGAAUAAAGGGGUCGAGCCCACCCAACUGAUGAGCAUCGAACAGAGACGGAUCGAAGAAGGAUGAUGAAUCAAGAACAUUCAUCGACAUUUGUUCAACACCAUCAUACCCACUAGGGAACCCCUGACCAUAGAGAUCUGAGUUCGAAGUCGUCGCGUUGAGGUCGUCAAGGUCGAUAGUCAUCGUUGAGUAAAGAUCUGUGGUUGUUUCUGGUGUGAUAGAGACCUCGUCCGAUUGACUUGGGUUUCGGCUGUCGUUCUGGUCUUGGGAGUCAUUUGUGUAGCCCUUGCUGUCGUUGGGUUCGGAGGGACUGGCAGCGAUAUUUUCCUCAGCCACGUUGUCACUGUCGAUGACGUUGUCGAUGACAUAUUCUUCUCGUUGUUCCAUCCAAUGCUUUAGCACAUCCAUGGGAGGAAGAACGCCGCCACCUUUACCACCGCGUUUUUCGCUGUCUUUUCCGCGGCCUCCGCGCCCACGCUGACAUGGGUUGAAGUGGGUGCGUCGAAGGUGAGCGGCGGCAUUGUAGUUGGCGCCGUACCGUUUUCCGUUACGGCAAGCCUUGCAGUUUGCGAGGAACUGCUUGUCAGGCGAGAUGUCAACACACACCCAGACUUUGCGGACCAUUGAGUGGACACGCUCAACGUGCCUCCUCAACUCGUGUUCGCCGUGAAAGCCAUCUGGGUGUUCCUUGCAGUUACCACAGUAAGUCUUCGUUCUGGCGGGACGGUGAACAGAGGCUUUUGGAAUUGCGGCUACUUCUCGUGACGUGCCAUCUUCCGACGAAAUCCUAAGCAUUGUGUGCUCUGCAACUUUUGAGUGUGAAGCAGUUUUCUUUUCUUGUUUUGGGGCGAUACGCCGUGUGCCUUGCACAAUUUGCUCCUGAGUCCUCCGCACAGCCCUAGACUGAUUUGACAGCGACGAGCUAUCGCUCGCGCUAGACAGAGAAUGCUUCAUCUCAGAAGAUGAAGGAGUUAAAGAAAGGGGGGAUGAGGACGACGGGGAACAAGCAAGGGAAGUAGAAGGAGAAAUGUUAGGGAAAGCAGGCCUGGAUUCAGGCAACGAUUGAGAAAAAAAGCGAACAUUAUUCAUGUUACUACUCGAACGAAAAUUCGAAAUAGGAGAUGGGGAAAUGCAAUAAUUAGCGUCAUUGUUUAUGUUUAAUGACUGAUGAGAGAGAUGAGAGGAAGAAGAAUGAUCAUCUAGCGUUGCCAGAUUGUUAGGCACUGAUCCGGUCGAAUCGAACCGGAUCAUACCCAUUCCUCCGCAGAGAGAAUCUGUUGUUGCAGUUCGACUCAUCUCAACAGCUGCGGUCGAGUUACUUCUCGAAUAAUUUCGAGAUGGUGGGGGAACCAAACCGUCAGAGAAGGGGGUGGUAUACUGCCACUUCUCGUUGCUCAACGGGGAGGACUCGGGGCCGGGCUCAAACAUGAAUGGGAAUACUGUUGCUUAGGAGCCAAAGGUGUCGGGGGGGUAGUGGCCGAAACCGGGACGCCUAGUGAGUGUGGAGAUGACACAUUGGGGAGCUUUCCGGCUUUCUGGAGUGGUGAACCCCCGUUCCGCGACCUGGUCGAGAGGCGACGGUUCACACGGACAGUGGCAGGAGAUGCACGUUGGGGAACUGGGCGACUUGGAUCAACCGCGGUUUGAGAUUCCGGAGUCUACAUGCAGCCGAUGUUAAACCAGUGAAGAGGAGACAAGAAGAAGGGACAUGAAAACCAAAGAAGUGGUGACCUACGGUGGCUCGCCGUUUGGCUGGAGGUGAUGCUGAAGCUAUCGUGCGCGGCACAUCUUCCCAGGAUCGUUUGGCAGCAGGGUCCGGGGUUCCACUCGCAUCGCCGUUUUUCAACGUGUUUCCGGCGAGUACAUUUUGAUGAGGCAUGAAUGAGAUGAGGAGUUGGCUCCAAAGUUGUUCACGUUCCAACUCGGGGAGAUGUGCAUUGUUGGCCAAAAAGACGUUCCGGGAGGAGGUGAGAGCCGAUGUGAAGAGGCUAUCGUCGAAAGUAGGGGCCAUGGCUAUGUUUAGAUGUGCCUCAAAUCGUGUUAUCCAAGUGUUGUAGUUGGAGUCGUGGUUGUGGUUGUGGUUGUGGUUGUGGUUGUGGUGGAUGUGGUUCCGGUCCUGGUCCUGGCUCCUUGAAGGAGUUACGAGAGAGAGGGAUUUUGGGGAGAAGGCAGGUAAUCUGGGUUGUAUUAAUUAAUAUUCAGUUUUUCCCCAAAAGCGAGGAUCAGUAUUAUUGAAUUGACAUACAAGAGGGAUAGAUAGUCAGAGAGAAGACUUCCUGAUCUUCUGAUCUGAUAGCGAAGCCUUUGCAGGACUGUCCUGACAAAAUGUCUGUAUGUAUUUCGGGAGGGAGUGAAAGGGAAGGCCGAGAGAAGAGCAAUCGGCGGAGGGCGAAGAGAGGACAAGCAGGACUAUAAAACGGAGCAGAAAUUCCUUCUAGCUGGAUUGGGGGAUGCAGCCGUGCAUGAAGCCGCAGCCAAUACGAGCAUGUCGAAGUUGAAUAACCAUGAAGUUAUUAAGGCAGUGAUUGGAGAGUGAACCCGCAGGGCCACUAAGGAUGAAGGAAUGAUGAGAAUUGGGACUGGUUUGACCCGGUGCAGGAUCCUCGUAUCGCGACAUCAAUAAUAAUUAUUAUUAUUGGGAUCCGGCACAAAGACACAAAACAAACCCGGGUUCGACUCUCUGGCUGGCAGUUCCAGUUGGAAAUAGUUACGGGAGCGUAUUCUGACAGAACCUUCGUCCCUUUGUCCAACCAAUACACUUCCAGCUAACUAGUUACUGCUAGCUACUGCCAACCAGGACUCCAAUGGACCCGCAGCUUCAAAGUGAGGCGACCAAAGGAACGUCGUCCUGCCGCAAAAUCGGGCGACGGUUGGAUUGUGAAUGGGCCUGGCUUUUGGCCCGGCUGCUUAGGGAGUUGCCGGCCAGUUGUCGAAUGAACAUGGGCUCCAAUAAUAAUUGAUCCAAUUCUCGCCCGUGGGUCAUGAUGGGUUUUUCUUGUUCCUAUUAUCAACAAGAUGGUGCCCCACCAAACCGUUCUCUCUUUUCUCUCUCUCACCAUCACAACAGUCCUGGCUGAGAAAGCUUUAGACCUUCCCCUGCCGCCUUCACAUUCGUCCCGGGAUUCUCUCAGGAUCAUUUACUCUAUACACCGUACGGAGUAUACUCAAGUGAUAGGCCUCCAGAGAGUUCCUACAUCAUCUGAGACGACGAGGAGAACUGCGGAACUGCGGAACAGCGGAUAGCCCAAUUCAUUAUAUCCCUAGGUUACUACUAUUGUCGACGCCAGGACAAGAAUCCGCUGCAGUGUUUGGCAAAAUGUCCAUUCUUUCUUCCAGCAUGCAUCGAUUCGUCCCUUGAAACGGUUGAAGUGAAACGCCCAAAUACAGUGCGUGACUGGCGCAUAACACACAAUGAUGCCCUUUCCCUGAGGGAUUAGUUGCGUUGUCAAUUAUCCCGUGUCGUCUAAUGUUUUUGUCCAGAGAUGAAAAUGCCCAUUGAAGUCCAUGCAUUAGAGCUAACCUCGUGAGCUGUUUGGGGUGCUGAUGGGGGCCAACGACCCCAUGUACCAGGGCUUACUGGAUGUGAGCCUGCCACGUAGCCGCCGAUGUAUGCAGCGUCAAGCGUCGAAGUUGCACGCCAAGCCGCCGGGGAGACAUCUGCAAACCAGUCAUGACCAAGCGGCCACUACAAUUCAGUGACGCCGUGCUCUGACCAGAUUGAACGGAACACCUCGUUUAAAAUGAUGUGGAUCUAUGCGAUGACCCUCGCAAAUCAGGGACAGUCGUGCUUGCUAUUGCGACAGCAGGACAACCUUGGAACUUCCGGGAACCGGAGUCACAUGCCCCCAUGCUCCCCUCAAUCAACUUAUCUUUGACACUUGCUCGACAAGCUUGCAAUCCGUCCAACAAUAUCAUCCUCCUCGAGGAGUGCCGGUGGCACGCCGCUUUACUGACCAUGCUGCACCUGAGGGAGGCGAGGCUUGGUGAGAUACUACUGGGUAAUCGCCCAUGACCCUUGAGGUUUGGGGCCCUCUUUGCGUGUGCUUAGACCAUCCAGAUAGCAAGAUUGAAGGGUGAUGAGUGUCUACUAGUAGCAGUAAUUCCCAGCUCUUGGUAAAAGAAGGGGCCAUGUCAAGCCCAAGCGCUUAAUUAAUGGUUGAUGGUUGCAGCUUGCCUAGAGCCAUCCUCUAGGCUGAAAGCAACAGCGCUCUUCUUAAAGUCAUUCAUUGCCUCAAUUCAUGGCGUCAGCUGUUCUGCUAACUAAACCUCUCUUGCGAAGCCAAAAAAAAAAGGGAUAACACUCAGGCAUUUACAAUACCUAUAUCCAAAGUAAUUCCACCCAAUCCGACAAGCGAUAGAAUGUCAAGUCUCCGACUCUGAGUUGCCUUAGACACUUUGACGCUGCGAAACUCUGGCAGCUAGCAUAGCAAACCCUCAGGACUACACGAUCGGCUGAAUCUGUGCCAUCGUUCUCGAGUGUGUCGCGGCACAAGCUUUUCUUGAUGAAAAACACCCAACCACUAGGCAAACGGAAGCCUAAUGAGAACAAUGAUUACACCCUGGGAAGAGUGGGGAACCACAAUGUUGCCAUAGCUGUCUUGCCUGAUGGAGAGUAUGGCACUUCCUCUGCAGCAACAGUGGCAAUGGUGUUUUGUUUUCCCAACAUUAGAACGGCCUGAUGUCGGCAUUGGCGGCGGCGUCCCAAGUCAGCAUGAUAUCCGCCUGGGUGACAUUGUGGUGAUUAGUCCGCGGGAUGGGAUGGGUGGGUGGUGGGUUCCAGUAUGACUUCGGCAAAACGAUUCAUGAGGAUAAUUUCAUACAGACAGGGGUUUUGAACCAGCCGCCAACAGUCCUACAGGCUGUGAAUAGACUCAAGGCACAUUUUGAAAAUGAAGGUCUUGAGCUCAUGAAGGUUGUCAACAGUGUUCUUGAGAAGAAGCCGAGGUUACAAAAGAAGUAUAAGCGACCAGAACCAAGUAGUGACAGGCUAUAUAAACCUGGAUUCAUUCAUCCCCUAAACAUUAAACCAAGCUGUGCGGUAGUCUGUGGUGAUCAUCCAUCAAAGUUGACAGUUCGUGCCCAACGGACUGAAGAUGGUGAUUAUCCAGCAAUCCACUAUGGUUUAAUUGCUUCAGGAAAUCAGUUGAUGAAGGAUGCUAUGAUUCGAGAUAGACUAGCAGCGGAGAAAGAUGUUCUGUGUUUUGAAAUGGAGGCAGCCGGACUGAUGAACCACUUUCCCUGUCUGGUAAUUCGCGGAAUAUGCGACUAUUCAGAGUCUCACAAGAAUGAGGAAUGGCAACGAUAUGCAGCGAUGGUGGCAGCUGCAUAUGCUAGAGAUCUUCUCUACCGCCUCCGUCCAGGGAACGUGGAGGUUGAGAAGCCGAUCAGGGAUAUCCUUUCUUCUGUUGAGCAUAGGGUGAAUCAACUGCAGCAGACUUCUCAAAAAAUAGCUUGUGCCGUUAAACACCUGGGCAACGAGACAAACAAAGAUAGAUCGAACGCUGGUUAUCACCGCCAGACAACAAAAUGUGCAAUCCGCUUGGAGCCAUAAUUCAUGGCCAUUCUCCAUUGGAGAUUCGACCGACAUUACAGCGAAUACAUGCCUCUCCCCAUCCAUGGUCAACCCUCUUCUUUCUUGUUUGGCCCUUUCCAUGGUGAUAUUCCUUUGCCAUAUCCACUUCUAUCAGUGGAAGAUAUUGAAAACCACUCUAAUUUUCACAAUGAGCAUCAAUCUGGAAUCAAAAAUCCACAACAUCCCAAUCUACCACAUCUGUGAUACACCACUCUCUCUGCUCACUAUAUCAGCUUGUUGAGGAUCUCUGUGCCUCAGAGUUCAUUAUGAUGGGCUAUGAGUGUGAAUACUUUUUUUCCAUUGCAAGCCUCACUAGUCAUUGGCUUGCAUUUCAGACUCUCAGGCCAAAGAUCCCGCCUAUUAAGCUAUUCUUACCAGCAUGGUGGAAGCACUGGUGGAUGCAUUCAAAGAAGACUAGAACACAGAAUUCACUGAAAUAACACAAUGGACAAAUUCAAACAGCAGAGUUUCAAUUUCAUGAGAGAAGAGACCUCAUUCUGAACUUCAAAGAUUGGCCUUUAUUGCACAGUCCCUGGAUUUCCAUGAGACUGGCUUCAGUGACAUGACAGUGGAGCAACCUUUCUCCAAAAGAAACAUCAGAGUGCCGAAUGGAAACUUGUACACACUAUAGUGAUUAAGAUUUAUACAGUGAAAAAUUUGAGGGUUCAGUAAAUUUAUCGGCAAAAGCUCUGACUUCAACAUACAGGUAGUGUGGCUGGCUCAAUCCACAGAGAGUCUCCAUGUAUCCUUCUGUACCAUGGCUACUAGCUAGGAGCCGCAAAGCUCAAUCUGCUUGAACAUUAGAGAGAAAGACAUUUUAGUUUCUAUAAGCUGAGGUGUGAGGACUGAAUGGAUAGACAAUUGAUGACACUGCAGGGCAUAGCACUCUUAGAGGGAGGAUUCUGGUCGCAAUUCUAAACAAGGACAGCCAGAUGCGGUUUACUUUCCUUAAGGCAGGUGAAUGUUGUGCAGGAGGUACAAUCACUUCUCUAUUUUCAGACCUGUUAUCUGUCAACAAUUUUUAAAUUCUCCUUGCUAGGAUGAAAAGAGAGAAGAAAUCAAAGAAGCCUGUAUAUGACUAUUCUCUUCAUGACUUUCAUAAGGCUCCAUAUGCCUGG